AUGAACCGAACCACUUACUCCCUUAUAUCCAUAGGACUGGUCCGUGCAACCGAGGCCAUCGCAUGGAGCAGCAUCUUUCCAUACGCCUACUACAUGAUUGAAUCGUUCGAGGUCCUGGAACAUGAUAUUGCCUUCUAUGCCGGUGCUCUGGUGGGCGUCUUCACGUUCGGCGAGUUCCUGACGAACAUUGUCUGGGCUCGUGUCAGCGACCACAUAGGACGGAAGCCGACUCUGAUGAUCGGCACAUUAUGCAGCCUUAUUGCUGCGCUCUCGCUCGGCUUGUCCCGGUCGGUUGCCAUGGCCAUUGCUUCUUGUGCUUUUGGCGGCUUGUUCAAUCCGAAUGUCGGAUUGCACGAGCAUUUUCUCUCGUUACCUUUAUCCCAUCUCUCGGGUGAAGACCUCUUUGGCCCUGUUCUAGGUGGUCUUCUCGCCAAACCUGUCGCCUCAUACCCCUAUCCAUACUUACUUCCCAACCUCGUCGUCGGCCUGCUGCAGAUCCUCACCCUGCUCCUCACCUUCAUGUUCCUCCAAGAGACGCAUUCGCAGUUGAUAGAGCGCCGCGAUCCGGGCCUAGCCAUCGUAUGGCUCGUCAGAUCAUGGUUCGGGAAGGAGUCCAGACCACAACGAGGAGUAUACGCUCCGCUUCCUGAUGACUCUGUCUCACAGGAAGGGCCGCAAGCUUCUGCAGAGACACACGAACUCGAUGACCUGGAGGACCAGGCGCAAGAGGCAAAGGCCGUGCCAACCUGCGCGUUCACGCUUCAGGUAUUGCUGCAGAUUCUGGCUGUCUCCCUGCUUGCUUUCCAUAAGAUGUCUGCAGACGCGCUCUCGGGCACCUUCCUCUCGUUGGAGGCUCCAUCCGUGGGAGGACUGUCCUUUCCGCAUACGAGAGGCGGCUUUGGUUUCAGCACGCGGACGAUUGGCAUCAUUUUCCUCACCAAGGCGAUCUUCAGGGUGAUCAUCCAGCCGACCUUCAUCCCCUGGUUUAUUUCGAAGCUGGGAGCCCUGCGCGCCUUUCGGUGCGUUCUCGGUCUGUAUCCAGCCAUGUACCUGGCGACGCCGUUCCUCCCCAACCUGCCGUCUCCGCUGGGGCUUAUGGCCUUGUUGCCCGACUUGUGGAUCAAAGUCGCGCUGUCGUCGGUGGGCUACGUUUGCUCGGCUAUUCUCUGA